AUGACGAUGCAGCAGCGGCAGCAGUGGAGGACGACGUCGUGCAUCUACCUUGUCCCGGAGCGCAACAGGAAGCUAAACAUCACCGCCUACACGCCGCAGCUGGUGUCCUUCGGCCCCUUCCACCAUGGCCUCGCCUCCCUCCGGCCCAUGGAGGAGCACAAGCACAGGGCCCUCCUGCACUUCCUCCGGCGCGCCUGCAAGCCCCUCAGCGAGUUCGUGGCGGCCAUGGAGGGCGCGGCGGAGCAGCUGGAGGGCAUGUACCAGGGCCUCCCAGCCGAGUGGCGCGACAGGCGGCGCUUGGUGCGGCUCAUGGUCCUGGACGGCUGCUUCAUGCUGGAGGUGGUGAGGGCGGCCACCGCGACGGCGGAGAACGACUACCACGUGGACGACCCCGUCUUCGGCUGGCACGGCGCCGUCAACACCAUACCCUACGUCCGCCGCGACAUGCUCCUCAUCGAGAACCAGCUGCCGCUGCUUGUGCUGCUCAAGCUUAUCACCGUCGAGAGCGGGCGACCAGAUCCGAGUGGGAUCAAGAGGCAAGUGCUCAAGUUCUUGUCGCCGAGCACCCAGCUGAUGGACGAUGUCGUCCCCGAGGGGCUCCACCCUCUCCAGCUUUUCCGGUGGAGCCGCGUCGCCGAGCAGAGGAGCACACUAGUCCCGGCGACAAACCCAGGCGACGUGCCUUCUCAUCAGCACCAGCUGGACCAGGUGCCCGCGGAGGCAGAGCAGAGGAGCGACAUCUCGGCAAUGGACCUGCGGGACGCCGGCAUCCACCUGAGGAAGCUGUCCUCCAAGAAGAUCAGCGACAUCCGCCUCGCUGGCCACGUGCUCAGCCUGCCGACGCUCACCGUCAACGAGCUGACGGAGCCCAUCUUCGUGAACCUGGUCGCGUUCAAGCGACUGCACGUCGGGCUCAGCUCGCCCUUCCGCCUCACCGCCUACCUCUUCUUCAUGUCCAAGGUCGUCAAGACCGCCGAGGACGUCGCUUUUCUGAGCUCCAAGGGGAUCAUCAGGAACGCGCUGGACGACGGCCACAAGGUGGCGGAGCUGUUCGCCAGGAUGUCGGCUGACCUGCAUGUGUACCCGCCCGAGGAAGGCGGCAGGCUGGUCAUCCUGCACCAGCAGCUUGAGAAAUACUGCCAGGAGAAGUGGCGCAUUUGGCGGGCGCACAUCGCUCGGACCUACUUCAGGAGCCCAUGGGCGCCCCUCUCCCUUGCCGGCAGCGUCUUCUUCCUCACCAUGACCGCAGCAAACAACAUCUACAAUGUACUGCGGGUGCGGCACUGA